AUGGACGGGGUCAAUGUGCCGAGUGGAGAGGUUAUGACGGAAGGUGCCUCGGCGUUUUUCUUUGGCUUGACGGGUGUAAAGGCCACUAGCGAGACUGCGACGACGCCCAAGGAGGUGAGGGAGGAAAUCAUGCCCGGCGAGAUGAUCCCUGUGGACGGUGGUAGUGGUGGCCGGAAGAACAAUAACGGAGCCGGCACACAGACACAGGAUCAGAUCAUGUGGAUUGAACUAGGCCUCUGUAAAGCGCUUGUGCGGGCCGUCACACAUAUAGGGUUUCUUUCCCCGACCCCUGUGCAGGUGCAGGCCAUUCCUGCAGUUCUGGGCGGCAGUGAUGUGUGCGCAAGGGCGGUGACGGGGUCAGGCAAGACAGCAGCAUUUCUCCUGCCGCUGCUGCACAUUCUGUUGACCCGCGCUCCUCAGAAGCAGUUGCAUUCGGGAGGAAAGCGACGUUUUAUUAGGGCUAUUAUUUUGCUUCCGACACGAGAAUUGGGCAUGCAGUGCCAACACAUGCUUCAGCAAAUACUGGCCUCUACGACAGGGCUAACUAUGGCCUUGGCGAUUGGGGGCAUUGCGCAAAGUGCUCAAGAAGCGGCAGUGGAGUCGAUUCCUGACAUUCUCAUCGCAACUCCCGGGCGAUUAGUGGAUUUGCUCCACAACUACAAGGGUGCACACGGCUCAUUGGAUGUCUCUGGUGUGGAGAUGGUCGUGCUUGACGAAUGCGACAAGAUGCUUACCGUAACACUCAAAGACCAGGUGGUGGAUAUCCUCAAACGCGUCCCGGAGGAAACCCGACAAGUGUUAAUGUUCUCGGCAACCAUGACGAGCGAGGUGGACGAGUUUGCGAAGGAGCAUCUCUUCGAACCGAAAAAUGUGGACGUUGGGCAUGUUGCACUUCAGUCGAAGCUGCGACAACAGUUUGUACGCAUCCUACUGCCUUCCAGUGCGGCGGCAGACCCGUUGUCGGGUCAUAAGAGUGAGGAGAGAGGGGAAAUAGAAGGGAAUGAGGAAGAAACGAUGGGGGCGAAGAAGCGUAUUCGUUCGAAGCGGCUUCGAGACGCAUCAAGAGCGGAUGCUGUGGGCUUGCAUGAGGCGGAGGAGGUUUCGGAGCACACUACAAAGAUAAAAUCACGUUAUUUGGUAGCCCUCUGUCUUGGAUAUUUCAGGGACAAGACGCUUGUCUUCACGCGCUACCGCACAACCGCACAUCGUUUGCACCUUCUUUUUGCUGCGUUGGGCUUCGCAAGUGCGGAGCUGCAGGGCAAUCAGCUACAGGAGGAGCGCUUUGCUUCACUGGAGAGGUUUGCGUCGGGCGAGGUGCAGUACCUCUUUUCGACAGAUGUGGCAUCACGUGGGCUUGAUAUCAAGGGCGUGUCUACCGUCGUGAACUUUGACCUGCCCCCGACACUCACGGCGUACAUUCACCGCGUUGGUCGUACUGCCCGCAUUGGGGGCAACGGGACGGCGGUCUCGCUUGUGGAUGAGUCAAGGGAUGCAGAGAUCAUGAGAAAGAUACUUGCGGUGAGCGGGGCUGUGAAUGACCAUCAGGUGUCUUCUGUGAAGCGCCGUGAUGUGCCGGCGGCGUUGCUCUCAGAGGCGGCGAAAAAAAUAGACGCCGUGUUUCCGCAGGUGCGGGGUCAGAUCGCGGCCGAGGCGUUAGAGACCAAGAUUUCACAGGCGGAGCGGCGCUAUAGCCGAUCCGCGGUGGAGAUGCUGGCCGAAAGUGUGACGGCGCAGCCCAAGAAAACGUGGUGCCUUAGUCGUGGGGAACGAAAGCGGCGCGAGGAGGAGGCGCGGCGACUCUACGAGAAGGAGGCGGAGGUGACACUCCAUAACUUCCAAAACGAACUGAGCAGCUGGCACCGCGAGGAGAAGGAGUUCCUGCAGAAGCAGAAACUGGCACGGCGGCAGGGGCGCGACGUGAAGGCACGCGCUAAGGAAAAGGUGAAGAACGCCCAUCGUGAUCUGCGACGCAAGGCAGAGAAGAAACUGCAGGGCGGCAUAAUCAAAAAGAUGAAGAAAAAGAAGAUUCGUGACGCACGCAAGGAAAGACGGGCGGAGAACCGUGAGAAGAGAGGCAAGGCCGCUUAUAAACACCGCGACGGGGUUAAGAGCAAAAAGAAGUCCCGCCACGGGAAGCGCAUGGCACGCCAUUAA